CACCGGAAGAAGCAGAAACCGAAAGCUGCUAGCGGAGCUAGCUUGUUGUUGUGGUGUGUGAGGAGAACAUUUGAGGCUCUGCAGUAAAAACGUCUUCACUUCAGUCUCUGGGAGAGUUGAUCAGCUAAAGCGACUAACUGCUGCUGCUGCAGAAAUCUUCUCACCAGGCUGUGGAAACUUUCUUCUCCUCCUCAACAACUUGGUGGAGUUCUUUCCAGAAGCAGAGAAGAUAUUCUGCGGUCUUCGUGACAAUCGGAGCUCCAGGAUCAGGUUGUGGCUGUUAGCUAAACACGGCUAAAGAAAACCUGCUACCACUUCAGGAUCAUCCAUCAGCAUGGACACAGGUACUGAUGUUCAACAGCUGGUGCUGGUUAAAGAAGAAGCUCCUGAGGAACAGAGUGCAGGUGAGGACCAGAAAGACCCAGAACACAUCCACAUAAAGGAGGAACAAGAGGAAAAGUGGACCAGCCUGGAGGGAGAGCAACUCCAUUUGGAGGAGAAAACUGAUGCUGCCAGGUUUCCAUUCACAUUGGCUUCUAUAAAGAGUGAGGAUGAUGAAGAGAAACCUUUGUUCUCACAGCUUCAUCAGCAGCAAGUAGAAGACAAAGAAGUUCCAACCAGCAGCUCAGCUAACCAGAUGACAGCAGAAACUGGUGGAACUAGCAGGAACCAAGAUCUGAACCCUCAAGAACAGACAUCUGAUUCUUCAGAAACUGAAAUGAGUGGAGAUGAUGAAGAGGGUGAUGAUGUGAAUCUAGACUCUGAGCUGUCAGACUCUGGGUCUGAAACUGGAGAAGAAGACAGUGACUGGAAUGAAAGCAGGUCUUCUGAUACACAUGUUAGGACUGUCAACAAGUCCUUUAGCUGCCCUGAGUGUGGUGAACAAUUUCUCCACAAGAGGUCUCUCCAGAAACAUGUGAGAGUGUCAGGUCAUUCAGCAAUAAGGUCUUCAAGCUGUUUGGUCAAAAAGAAAUGUGUUGGAGUGAAGCAACAUGUAGACUCAUGCAAGAGAGUCCAGAAAGAACUAAAAUCAUAUGGUUGUGAUGUCUGUGGAGAAAGAUUUAGUGCGUUGUGUGAUUUAAACGUUCACACGAGAGUCCACACAGGAGAUAAAUCUUUUGCCUGUGAGACCUGUGGUCGAAGAUUUAGUCAAAAGGCAGCUUUAAACAGGCACAUGAGAGUCCACACAGGAGAAAAACCUUUUGCCUGUGAGACCUGUGGUCGAAGAUUUAGUCAAAAGGCAGCUUUAAACUAUCACAUGAGAGUCCACACAGGAGAAAAACCUUUUGCCUGUGAGCUCUGUGAAAAAAUAUUUAGCAGUAAGACACAAUUAAACAGUCAUAUCAGAGUCCACACAGGAGAAAAACCUUUUCCCUGUGAGCUCUGUGAUAAAAGAUUUGGCUAUAAGACAGCUUUAAACUAUCACAUGAAAGCCCACACAGGAGAAAAACCUUUUGCCUGUGAGCUCUGUGAAAAAAGAUUUAGCAGUAAGACACAAUUAAACAGUCAUAUGAGAGUCCACACAGGAGAAAAACCUUUUGCCUGUGAGCUCUGUGGUAAAAAAUUUGCCCACAAGGUGAGUUUAAACUAUCACAUAAGAGUACAUACAGGAGAACAACCUUUUGCCUGUAAGCUCUGUGAUAAAAGAUUUGACUAUAAGACAGCUUUAAACAGGCACAUGAGAGUCCACACAGGAGAAAAACCUUUUGCCUGUAAGCUCUGUGAUAAAAGAUUUGGCAAUAAGACAGCUUUAAACAGGCACAUGAAAGCCCACACAGGAGAAAAACCUUUUGCCUGUGAGCUCUGUGAAAAAAGAUUUAGCACAAAGACACAAUUAAACAGUCAUAUGAGAUUCCACACAGGAGAAAAACCUUUUGCCUGUGAGCUCUGUGGUAAAAAAUUUGCCUACAAGGUAAGGUUAAACAGUCACAUAAGUGUACACACAGGACAGAAGCCUUUUGCUUGUGAGCUCUGUGGUCGAAGAUUUAGAGAGAAAUAUAGUUUAAACGUUCACAUGAGAUUCCACAGAGGAGAAAAACCUUUUGCCUGUGGGCUCUGUGGUCAAAGAUAUGGCUAUAAGACAGCUUUAAACUAUCACAUGAGAGUCCACACAGGAGAAAAACCUUUUGCCUGUAAGCUCUGUGAUAAAAGAUUUGGCUAUAAGACAGCUUUAAACAGGCACAUGAAAGCCCACACAGGAGAAAAACCUUUUGCCUGUAAGCUUUGUGAUAAAAGAUAUGGCUAUAAGACACAUUUAAACAGUCAUAUGAGAGUCCACAAAGGAGAAAAACCUUUUGCCUGUGAGCUCUGUGAUAAAAGAUUUGGCUAUAAGACAGCUUUAAACAGGCACAUGAAAGCCCACACAGGAGAAAAACCUUUUGCCUGUAAGCUCUGUGAUAAAAGAUUUGGCUAUAAGACAGCUUUAAACAGGCACAUGAAAGCCCACACAGGAGAAAAACCUUUUGCCUGUAAGCUUUGUGAUAAAAGAUAUGGCUAUAAGACACAUUUAAACAGUCAUAUGAGAGUCCACAAAGGAGAAAAACCUUUUGCCUGUGAGCUCUUUGAUAAAAGAUUUGGCUAUAAGACAGCUUUAAACUAUCACAUGAGAGUCCACACAGGAGAAAAACCUUUUGCCUGUAAGCUCUGUGAUAAAAGAUUUGGCUAUAAGACAGCUUUAAACAGGCACAUGAAAGCCCACACAGGAGAAAAACCUUUUGCCUGUAAGCUUUGUGGUAAAAAAUUUGCCUACAAGGUAAGGUUAAACAGUCACAUAAGAGUACAUACAGGACAGAAGCCUUUUGCUUGUGAGCUCUGUGGUCGAAGAUUUAUAGAGAAAUAUAGUUUAAACGUUCACAUGAGAUUCCACACAGAAGAAAAACCUUUUGCCUGUGGGCUCUGUGGUCAAAGAUUUGGCUAUAAGACAGCUUUAAACUAUCACAUGAGAGUCCACACAAGAGAAAAACCUUCUUGACUGAGACCUGUGGUCAAAGAUUUAGGGGCAAGACAGAGUUAAACUGUCACUUUAGAGUUUACAAACGACAUAAUGAAUUCUUUUGAAAGUGUGAUUGACGGAAAAACAUCCGAUCUGUGAGAGCAGGGGAG